AAUUCGCAAAAAAGUUCGUUGUUAUCAGAAACAAUUAGCCACGAUACACUGUUGGCAACAAAAACGCAAAUUGUAGACCGGUUUCGUUCGCUACAAUUUACCAUUGAUCGGGGAUCGUGAUUCAUGGCGGUGAACCAACAACAACAGCAACAACAACAAUACCAAUACCAGCAAGCCAGAGCUUGUGUUCGAAGCUAAGAGUUGUACAAGAGUGCCGGCACGUUCAGUGUUUGGAAAAAACUUGAACUUGAAAGAUCAAUUCGUUCGUGGCGAGUCUGCCCGUCUGCGCCAACGGACGGUUUUAUGUAAAAGAGUGCACAUACAUAUAAAUAUACAGAUACCGAUAUAGUUGUAUGUACAUACAUACAUACGUAUCUGUGCAGUGCAAAAUUCAUUAAAGCGAUUUAUUGUGAAUGUGCGCACAAACGGCAAUCAUACCUACCUAGACGACCAGUGCUUGUGCAAAACUAAAUUGUAUAAAAAAAUUAAAGUAAUAGUUUUUAACCAACGCAACGCGGAAGUGACAGAAGAAAAUCAUAUAAGAUUGUGUGAAGCAAAAAUAUAUACCUACGUACAUAUAUACAUAUAUUAUAUAUUUGAAAUUUGAUUUGUUCAAACAAAAUAAUCACAAUUAUGGGUAUCUGCAAGCCAACAACGUUGCUGAUUUUUAUAACAGUAUUGUACAUUCACGCACCGAGAACGCACGCCCAAUCCUACCUGCUCACCAUAGACGAUGUUCUAACACAACAACUGCAAUAUAAUCUAACAAACGGGAAUAGUUCGGAAGCCGAUUUGUUUGGGGACCAGGCGGAUAAUAAUACAAAAAUAAUUGUCUAUAAAAAUACCGUUGUUCAGAAAAGCAACGAACUUUCACAGACCGCCAUGGAUGUGAUUACCAUUGUUUGGUAUGUGGCCACAUUUUUGGCACUAGCCGCAUUCUUUAUGCUGAUGGCGUGCUCGGAUAGGCGCUGUCGUGAUAUAAACAAUUCCCAGACCAAUCAGGCGGCAGAAGCCCAAAGAGCGCCACCGACGCCAUCGCCGUCCUACAGCGAGUUCGCACCGCCCAGCUAUGAUACGGUUAUCAAGAUGCAGAGUGCGGCCAAGACGAGCAUUUUCGUGAUACCCUUUAAUGCCUCAGAGACGGGAACCGGCAACAACAACAAUAAAACCAUAAACGAGAGCGGGGGCAACCAGUCCACGGAUUGUAGCUUAUAUACCGUUAAUGAGCUGCAGAAAAUGGCGCAUUAAGUGUCAGCCAGUGUUGACUACUACUAUGUAGAAACAUUCACCAGUGUAGCCUUACUUUGUUAAGAUAAUUAGCUACCAUGUCUCUGUGAUAUUUGCUGUGUUUGCACUCGAGCCCAUCGAAUGGCGACCUGGCGCCCAAAAUGGUGGGAAUUAUUUUGAAAUUAUUGUUUUUGUUUAGUGCAGUGCGAAAUGUACAUAUAUGUAUUGUCGUUGUUAUUAAUUUAAGAAGCAACUGUAAUACCUAGGCUGACCAGUAUUUUUUUGAUAUGUCAUUUAGUAAUAAGUCCCAUAAGCUCCUAGGUGGGCCUGAUAAACAUUCGAACAAGACUGAAAAAAAUGUGUACAUCUAUAUAUGUCAUGUUUUAUUGUAGUCCAUUUCCUUUUCAACAAGUUCCCACAAAUCGCCAGUGUAACUGCAUGAGAAUCAAAGAAACAACAAAUCAAUGUGUACAUAAUAUAUAUUUAUUAUAUAAUAGAAAAUAAAAAAUAAUAUAUUUUA